AUGACAAAAAUAACGAAGAAAACAAGCAAAAGCGCAAAUGAAAAGAACAAAAUGAAGCAAAGCGAUUCUGGAAGCGAGGCGACGUCGUGCGAUGAGAGUGUUGAGGAUGAGUCAGGGUCUAACAGUGUUGAGGAAGAGAGUGGAAGUGACGACAGCACAGGAAGUACUCAUGAUACUGAGAGCGGAAGUGGAGAAGAAACAAGCAAGAAGGAGGAUAAUCCGUCGCUUACUGUGUUUAUAAAGGGCAUUAGCUAUGACCUGACGGAGUAUGAUCUGAAGACGGAGAUGGAGAAGAUAGGGAAUGUGGUGCGAGUAGGCAUCCCGAUGACCAACGAUCACAAGAGGAACAAGGGGUUUGGAUAUAUUGAGUUUAGUAACGAGGAGGAAGUGAAGAAGGCGCUGAAGCUUGACGGAACGGUUCUUCUUGGAAGAGAGGUGGUGGUGAACAUGGCACAGCCGAAGUCUACGUCGAAGCAGAAGUACAGCAUAUAUGUGUCGAACAUACCGUUUGAGAGCGACAGGAAGAAGCUGAAGGAGUACUUUGAGAGCAUGGGCCACGUUGUUGGAGUGUCGUUUCCGUAUGAUGUUGAGAACAACAGGCUGAAGGGAUUUGGAUUUAUUGAUUUUGGCAACAAGGAGGAUUAUGAGAGAGUACUGAACAAGAGCAAACUGAUGUUUGACGAUUGCAACCUGUAUCACAAGCCGGCAAAUGGGCCUCGUGGGCCGAAGAGCGACUAUGGUAAGAACAGGAGAAGCAACGACUCCUGGGGAUCGAAGUCUAACAGCAAGAAGCAUUGGCUGGAUGGGCAGAACAAGAGCAACAAGAAGGUGAGGUUUGAUGACUCGGAUAGCGAAUAA